AUGCGACUUCCGAAGCCAGGUUUACUCCUUUUCGUCACCCUCGUUGCGAGUACUUCGAUUCCAUUCACGACCUUGACGUCUUCCACUUGUCCUUUUCGUACAGUAAACUACAUUACUCACAGUCUCCCUCAGCAAUGUCUUGCGUCGACUCGAAAGGCCAACAUCACCUCCACGACGAUCGAAACCGCCAGCUCUCCCAGCGGGGUGCCCGCUGUUCCUACAUCUUCUCCUGAUGACUAUUACGCAGAAGAUUCCUCCCUCUCGGUUCCGUCUACUGUUCAGUCGUCAUCCUCGAUAGAUUCUUCGGUUCACCCCGUGCACACAUCGCAGGAGCAGUCGGCUUUGGGUCCUCCCCAGACAGAAAGGUAUGGCGCUUCUUCCGGGACAGAUGCCGAUCAGCCGGAGGACGAGUCCCCCCUCGAAGACGGAAAGUUUCUCUCUUUUGAGGACUGGAAACGGGAAAAUCUGAAAAAGUCGGGUCAAUCUGAACAUAUUGGGAAAGGGCCUGGAAUUGAAGGUCGAGAACCGAGGAAGAGAACCGCGUCUCUUCGAGAUUCUCUAGAUUCGUUGGGGGACGACGCCGAGAUAGAUUUGGACUUCUCUGGCUUUGUCUCUGACACCCUUGAACCUCCAAAUCAGGAUCAACCCAGAGUGCAGCAGGAAAUUCGCGACAGUUCUACCAAGAUCGAACUGGGACACGCUCCGAGAGCCGGCGCGAGGAGUAAAGAUGCUGGCACAACCUGCAAAGAACGAUUCAACUAUGCCUCAUUUGAUUGUGCAGCCAACGUUCUGAAGACCAAUCCAGAAGCCAAAAGCGCUUCAGCGGUACUGGGAAAUAACAAGGAUUCUUAUAUGCUAAACGAGUGCUCUGCCCAGAACAAAUUCUUGAUCCUGGAACUGUGCGACGACAUAUCGAUCGACACUAUUGUGCUGGCCAACUUCGAAUUCUUCAGCUCGACCUUCCAUACUUUCAGAGUAAGCGUGUCCGACAAAUACCCAGUCAAAGCCGACAAGUGGAAGACUCUAGGUACUUUUGAAGCUCGAAACACCCGUGAGGUGCAGGCGUUUCUGGUUGAGAAUCCUGUCAUAUGGGCACGGUAUCUACGCAUCGAGUUUCUUACCCAUUAUGGGAAUGAGUUUUACUGCCCGAUCAGUCUCGUCAGAGUUCAUGGGACAACAAUGCUGGAGGAGUACAAACACGAUCUCGAAUCGAUCCAAAUGGAGGAUGAAGGCAAAGUGGAGCAGGAAGGUGCCGACAGUGCAGACGAGGAUAGACUUGUACCGGAAGCGGUGGCUGAACAGCUUUUGACCGAGAGUGACACUCUCGAAGAGUCUGUCCGCACUGCCGCAUCUGAUUCAUCCCUGGUGCAGGAUCAUCACCUCGAUCGGACCCAAACCCCAGACGUCGAAGAUACCCAAGACGCAGUUUCCACCUCUCCGGCGCUUUCGUCCCAAAAGAUCAAUGGCUUAAGUGACCAAAACGAUACAUCCAGCACGUGUGAGACGACGAAGGGCUGUGCUAGAACGACCCCCGAUGCUCUUCACGGCCAGGAUAUUACUCAAUCGUCUGACACAGAAGCUAUAAAGGUGACUACAGAUGCUCUAACCCCCAAUUCCUUGGGGUCAAGCCACGUCACAACGGCGGCGGUGGAUGGGUCAACCUCAACCUCCAAAUCUGAUCUUAUUGUCGACUCAACAGCGACCAAUGCUUCAUCGUCACCACCCAGCACCAACAGUUCGAAAACACCCGCGUCCAUCACGCAGUCGUCCCACCCAGCUCCAACGAUGCAAGAAUCAUUUUUCAAGUCGGUUCAGAAGCGCCUGCAAACACUUGAAUCGAAUUCGUCUUUGUCCCUUCAGUAUAUAGAAGAUCAGUCUCGCGCACUUCGAGAUGCAUUCCACAAAGUGGAACAGAGACAACUGGCCAAAACAACCUCUUUCCUCGAACAUCUAAAUACUACGGUCCUCAAUGAACUCCGAGAAUUCCGCCAGCAAUACGACCAAUUGUGGCAGUCCACGGUCAUAGAGCUUGAGAUGCAGCGCGAACGCUACCAGCAGGAAAAUAUUGCCAUCAAUGCGCGGCUCGGUGUGCUUGCGGACGAGGUCAUCUUUCAGAAGCGAAUGUCCUUUCUGCAAUUGCUUCUAAUCUUGAUCUGUCUUGGAUUGGUGCUGUUCUCCAAGGGCAAUGUGAACAGCUACCUUGAGCUGCCACUAGUACAAAGUGUCUUGUCCAGAUCUCCGAGUUCACGAUUUGUGAAUGUCACCAGCCCUGACACACCCUCGCAGAACUCUCCCGUCUCGAGAUCUAACUCCGCGAGUGCAGUGCAACGGCGUCUGGGUAUUUUGAAGGGCCACCGGCGUUUCCCUUCGGAGGACUCGGCUGACAAUAGCUUGAGUCCGACUGAUUUAUACUCACCACCAACGCCUGUUAGCUUCGGCGACCCUUCAUCUGACGGCGACGACAAAGAGGACAAUGGCAGGCUCGGAGAUCCCCAAUUUGAUCCCAGCUUGAUUGAGCGACCUAGUACGAGCCCGCCUGUGCUUACAGGGGCGGAAGACUCCAGUGACUCAGAGCCCAACCAAGGGAUCAUGGACGAGUCCAUUGACAACGUGCUUCUUGGUUCGUCUGCGGGCAGCAGACAACCCAAACCACCUAUCGUCCUGGUUGAAGAUGCCACGCCUCCCCCAAAACAUCUAAAGUGGCAGCUACCGGAGAGCUAG